AUGGGGAUUGUUAAAGUUGUCCAAAACAAGGCCUACUUCAAGGGAUACAAAGUGAAAUUCAGAAGACAGCAAGAGGGCAAAACUGACUACUAUGCUCGGAAACGACUGGUAAUCCAAGAUAAAAAUAAGUACAACACACCUAAAUACAGAAUGAUCGUUCAUGUAACAAACAGAGAUAUUAUUUGUCAGAUUUCUUAUGCCUGCAUAGAAGGAGAUAGGAUAGUUUGUGCAGCUUACGCUCAUGAACUCCCAAAACAUGGUGUGAAGUUUGGCCUGACAAAUCAUGCUGCAGCAUAUUGUACUAGCCUGCUGCUGGCCCGCAGGCUUCUUAAUAGGUUUGGUAUGGACAAAAUUUAUGAAGGCCAAGUCAAGGUGACUGGAGAUAAAUACAAUUACAAAUGGGUCCCCGGUUAUGACUCAGAAAGCAAAGAAUUCAGUGCUGAGGUACACCAAAAGCACAUCAUGGGGCAGAAAGCUGUAGAUUACAUGCAUUACCUGAUUGAAGAAGAUGAGGAUGCUUAUAAGAAACAAUUCUCUCAGUACAUAACGAACGUAGCUCCAGACAUGUUGGAGGAGAUGUGUAAGAAAGCUCAUGCUGCAAUACAAGAGAAUCCAGUGUAUGAGAAGAAGCCUAAGAAAGAAGUUAAAAAGAAGAGGUGGAACCGUCCCAAAAUGUCACUUGCCCAGAAGAAAGAUUGGGUAGCUGAGAAAAAGGCAAGCUCCCUUAGAGCUCUGGAAUGGGCUGCCAAGAGUUAA